AUGGCUGAAAAUAAUACUGCUACUGGAGAUGAUUCCAACAGCAGUAGCAGCACCUCAACUUAUUGCAGAAGAUUGGGUAGCUUGCGACAAAUGCCAGAAAUGGAGGCUUCUACCCUCUGGCUUAAAGCCAGAGCAACUUCCAUAGAAAUGGUUGUGUUGCCGAUUUCUGAGGGUCAAAAUAACUUGCAAACGCAUGCCUCUGAAACUGCAUUUGGAGUGAGCUCUGCUGAUGCAUCACAGUUUGGUCUGAAUCACAAAAAGUCCAAUUCUAACGUGUUGCUUUACCAAGGAAAGAAGAAACCUGUUUUUAAGGAAAAGAUAAUGUCAGGAAAGCUCAAUGCUCAAGUAUCAGGAAAAAAUAGAAACUUGAAUCAACAUUCUACAGAUUCUAAACCAAUGAAGAUGAAACAUCCCAACAGGUCUAACAACACGAUAGAAGAGAGACAUGUGUCCGAAGAGAGAGAAAAGAAAACAAGUGAAGGUACCAGAAAGUAUAUUAAGUUGAAACAUAAGACAAAUGCUGAUCAAUCUAGUUCUGGAACUCCUAAGAAAUCAAAAACUGAACAUGUUCCCUAUGCUGAUAAACAACUGAAUCCUGGCACGGGCCUGGGGAAGGUGGUUCUAAAUGCAAGAGGCAGUUUACCAACAAAAGCUAGCAGAAAGGAUGUGAGGAAGUAUGAUGAUUUUGGCUUACCCAUUGAUGAUGAUAAUAGCUUACUAGUUCCUGAAAAGAAAGAGGGAGUAGCUGAAACCUGCUUCAAGAAUGAGUAA